AGCCCAGUUGUAGACGCGGUUAGGCUAGUAAUCGGAGGCACCAUUCGAAGAGAUCAAAACAAAUCGAAACCAUUGUAUAUAUGUGCACGCUAAAGAGAACAACUCUGAUUUUAGGGCUUUAAUUAGGUCAACAUCCACUUAGAUAUAUACAAUAUGGUUUUUGGCCAUUUUGUUAAAAAAUAACCCUUUAUAAAUGUAGAAUGAACAUUUUAUAAAAUAUAUGAUGACCUUUUUUAAUAGGUUGAUGAUUUUUUUGUUCACAAUGAAUAUUCUGAAAAUACAUAAUGAACAUUUCUUAAUGCACGAUGAACACUUUUAAUAUAUGAUGUAGAAUUUUUAAUACAUUCUAACAUAUUUCAUAUACACGAUGAAUAUUCCCUAAUACACAAUGAACUGUUUUCUAAAUACAGUAACACAACAAACAUUGGUGAGAUCGUCGUUACAUGUAGCUAGUAACAUGGGUUCAUAUGAAAAAUUGAAAAUACAUGUGGAAGAUAUUAGUUAUAUCUCCUAUAUAAAUGGCUUGGUUAAAGAUGGCUUUGCUUGUUUGUCGUCCCUUGCUACUAGCCUACUACUAUAUGGUAGAUGCUUCGUUUCCUCGCGACGAGGAGUUGAGGACGCACCAGGGAUUAGCACAGUAGCCAUUACUUAAUCCACAACACACGGCGAGAAGGAAGGAUAUGAUGGCAUGGUUCGCCUCACUGGUCAUUCUUGGCAGCGUCUAUGUAGCCGCCUUGGCGUUCCGCCUCCUUUCGCACCUUACCGUGUGCCUCCGCCGUCCAAAGGACCUCCGGCGCUGCUAUGGCACGUGGGCCGUCCUCACGGGGCCAACAUCGGGCAUUGGCUGGUCCGUCGCCAUGGAGCUUGCGCGCAGGGGACUGAACCUUGUCCUCAUCGGCCGUGAUCCGGCAAAGCUCCGUGACAUCUCCGAGACGAUAUCCAGGGCCGCUCCCACCGUGCAGACCAAGACUGUACUCUUCGACCUGUCGCUCCUCACCACCGCCCAGGGUGAGGAGGCGAUGCGGCAGCUGCAGCAGACCGUGGAGGAGUUGGACGUUGGACUGCUGGUGAACAACGCGGGCGUGCUGGAGCCCAGCGCGGUGUUCCUGCACGAGGCCGACGUGGAGGCAUGUGUGGAUAUGAUACGGGUGAACCUGCUAGCGCUGACCGAGGUGACGGCGGCAGUGAUUCCCGGCAUGGUGAAUCGCGGGAGGGGAGCUGUGGUCAACUUGGGCUCGGCUUCGUCGGAGGCCAUCCCAUCCUUACCCCUCUACACGAUGUACGCCGCAACUAAACGCUAUGUCGCUCGGUUCUCGAAAUGUCUUCACGUUGAGUAUAGACGCAAAGGAAUCGAUGUGCAAUGCCAGGCACCGUUCUUCGUGGCUGGCACAAUGGCGUCAAGAUUCGCCGAGGCCAGGCGUUUUGUGCCAUUGACGCCAACGCCAGACGCCUACGCCCGCGCGGCAGUGCGCUGGAUCGGACACGGCCCACUAUGCGUGCCCAACUUCCGACACCAGAUCAUGUGGUUCUUUGCGGGAAUUGCGCCUGACUUUUUGCAAGAUGGAAUCCUCCUGCGUGAUCACCUAUGGCAAAGAAAUGAGUUACAGACAACGAGGUCGUUGCCCGAGGUGUGCCCUAUUAAGCAAGGUGGACAUGCGGCUGCCUGAAGCUGUGUUUGCCAGACAAUUAAUUGCGUAAAACGCUUACUCUACUACCUCCGGAUAGGAAUAUAACUGAGGCACAUGAAUUUAAGUCUGUAAUCUAUUCUACUCUCUACUAUUAAAGGGAGUCGGUAGCGUUUACUCCACUGCGGUUAAUCCUCUCCCACCUAUUUUUUCAUAUCGUACCGAUAUAUUUAAACCAGGUUUUAGCCCAUGCCCUAUUUAAACCAAUUUUAUUGUUGA